AUGACUUCAUCAUCAUUAGAAGUAUUACUUUUACCUUCAACACCAACAAGGUUAUUCUUAAUAAUAUUUAAAAAUGUAGUAUUAAGAGACAGACUAUUUUACUUUGUUAAAUGGAUACAUCGUUGUUGUAGAAUGGAUGUUAAUACCAAAGUCUACACACAGAAUGUCAGAAGAGGUCAGUGUAUACCCAUUACAUUCAAGAUGGAUGGUAGGUGCGAUCCAAAGCAACCAUUCAACUACUUUCUAAAUCCUAUGAGUGGUCGACAACUCAAUGCAAUCACAAACCAUGAAUUGUUGGUCCAGUACAAUAGACCUGAUUUGUUGUCACGAAUCCCUUCUUUGGAGAUCAAAUACUAUCAUUGGGCGCCUGCUAUCAGAUCAGGGUGUCACCCAGAUAUUCUCAAGAUCUAUGCUCAGCAGUCUAAUCCAAGCUUAAAAGAUGUUCCACUCGGUUUGCUCAAAUCAAACUUUUACUUUCACUACAAAGACAAUCUUCAAAAGGUCAUCGGAUUGAUUGAUGUCGUCUUUAUCCUCCAAGAAAAGAACAAAUCAACUCCACUUGCAUUUGAAUAUAGUUCUAAAUUCUUUAAGCUAUUAUUCAAACAUUCAAUACUUUGUCAAACAAUCAUUAAUCAUUUUAAUCAAAUUUAUAAUAUUGAUAAUAAUAAUAAUUCUUCUUCAAAUAAUGAUCAACAACAAUUCAUAAUAUUAAGAGUAUUGGAAUUAAUUAAACAAUAUAAAACAAUUACAAUUAAUUGGAAAGAUGUCAUGUUUAAGGCAAUCAAAUCUUCAAAUGUAUUGGUAAUUGAUUUCAUUGUUUCAAGUUGCAAUACACCUCUUACAAGUGCACAUCUAAACUAUGCAAUUUGGAAUGGUAAUGUGGGAAUGAUAGAGUAUUUGUUAUCACUUGGUGUACAGCCCAAUCAAUAUACAUUACACUCUGCACUCAAUCCAAAAUCAUUAUCAAACAAUGAUUCUUCAAGUAACGAAAUAGUCGCAGCAUUAGAUAUUAUUUCACUUGUAUUGGAACGAUUGAUUUAUAAAUCGAAAUGGGUAGUUGAAGGUAUUCAUCCAAAAUUACAAUCAAUUAAAUUAUUGGACCAACUAGUUGCAUCUGAUGAAAAGGUGACACUUCAACCUUUGGGUGAUAAGAAACCACUCUUCUCUAGAUUAUUUGGGUCAUUAAUCUUUUCAAAGGAUAAAGAGUUACUUGAACACUUUAUCAAUCAACAUUCUAGUCACAUCAUUGGUCUUCUUCUAGACUACAAUUAUGCAUUUAAUUGUGCUCUAAGAAUUGGAUCGUUGGAAAUUGUUAAAUAUGUUUUGGAGUGUCAAAAACAAUCAAAGUUGGUCAACCCAGAUGGAUUCACUUAUCAAAUAGAUUAUAUUGUAUCACAUGAUGCAGAUAAUGCCGAGAUUCUUAAUUAUUUAGAGUUGGUACAGUAUGCAGUGGAGAACAGUGGAGGUACCAAGUUUUCAAUGCCAUUAUCGACGGUGGCACUAUUCCUCCAUCACCCAAAUCCAGAGGCAUGGAGAUUCUUAUGGAUCGUAGAGGUAAAUAGAAGCAGGUUUGAAUGGGUAUUUGGCAACUUGGCAUUUGGACCGGAAAAGUUAAUGAUGGCCGCAGCGACAUGCUCCUUUGAUAUUAUUACGAGGGUCAAUGAAUUACUUGGUAGUCUUAGAAAACCAUGUCAUGUAUGGUUAAAGACAUUCAAACGAAAUAUCAAUCUAGACACUUAUGUUUGGUUGACACAAAACAAGAUCACACAGCAAGCGGGAUACAGACAUUUUGGAACAACAAUCCUACAACGCCUUGUCAACAUUAUCGAUAUGUGUCACCGGUUGGAAUACUCUAUUAACAAUUCAUUGGAAUACAAUAGUAGUAUUCAUGAUUACGGUCACGAUGUAGUUUGGAAUGGAGUUAGUAUCAAGACUUGCAAAGAACGUGCUCAACAACUACUAUCACACAUUGUCAGAAACAAAGACUUUUUCAAUUACUAUACAUCAAACUGUACCACCGCCGGUUACAUUUACAUUCCUCUCACUACAUCACUCGUUGAAGAUGAAGAAAAAAAGAGAGAUCCAUCUUUUGAAACUACAAUGGAUUUAAUUGUCAAAUUUAUUGCUUACCGAGAUCGUCUGCUUCAAUUUUUUAUCUCACAAACCUACAAAUAUUAUUGUCAUAAAACAAAUGGUGCAUAA